AUGUCCACCACUUCUGAAUCUAGUGUGUCUAGUGAGUCUAUAUACACCACACCCGAAGGUUUUAGAUUUGCAUACGUCUACGUAGACGAAUCCAACCUCUCCAUUCAAGGCGGCAAAGAAUGGGCCAAAAGGCACCCUGAAUCGCCCAACCAUCAUCCCAACUGGCAGUAUGACCUAAGCGUUCUUGUAGAUCGCAUUGAAGACGGGUUGGGAUUCAACGAAGACGACGACAACCAGAUAUACUUUCGACUCUACGGUUCGGAUAUCCAACCACUGAAGAAGGGAUUUCGAGCUCGCUCCCGUCAUGUCUUCGAAGUCAUGGAAUUCCAACGAAGCAAAUUUGACGGGCGCGAGAAACAGGUCGACACCAGUCUGGUCGUCGACAUGGUCCAUCGAGCCACCUCUUACAUGCAUCUCGGGUUCAAGUGUACGUUUGCAUUUGUUUCGGGCGAUGCGGAUAUGAUACCAGCUGCUGUGACGGCUUCAGAAUGCGGCUUCAACGUGCAUAUUUGGUCUUGGAAAAAUUCUCUCUCCAACACCUUUCGGGAAAUAUGGAACACUGAAGAAGGCAAAGGAGCUACCGAAGGGCUGAUUUCGCUUCAUUAUCUCGAUGAUCAUCUCAAUGAUAUUACGAUGGGAUUCUCUGAGAAAAGCAGUGAGUCCACUGUCCCUGUUGUUCAGCGAUGUAGGUGGCGGGAGUACUGCAACAAACGAGAUCGGUGCAACAGACACCAUACGGAUGAGGAAAAGAACUUCUUCUCUUCUGGGAAGGCGCAAAAUGAGGUUCAAUCCCGUGGUUGGUUCUCCCAUGCCGUUCCGAUUCGAGAGAUAGAAGAUGAGGUCUAUGAGCGCCGAUGGCUCAGAACCGCUCUCAAGAUUGGUGGAAAGACAGACUAG